AUGGAAGCUAGUAUUUCAAGGUUUGAAGAACGUUUGGAAAAACAAAUAUAUAUUUACUUGGAAACUAAGCAAAAGAUAUCUGAACUCGAAGAUACUUCAAGUGAAUUACAUCACAGGAUAACUUGUGAGCAAAAGGAGAGGAGAAAGCUAGAAGCAAUAUUUACUAAUGGAAGAUUACCAGAUGAGGCUAAAAUUAAUUUUAGCUCGCCUUCUAUUCCUAUUCUUCAGCCACCAUCACAACCAAUGACUAAAAGUUGUGUUUCGAUUCCACAUCCAGCACCAACACUAAAAAUCUUUCAAUUAAAUCUUCCACAGUCACCUGGUUGUCUCCCUCAAUUAGUAGGCAAACAAAGAUCUGUUGAAAUUCCAAAACCAUUUACUCCACUGAGAUCCUUCAACUGA